CGGAGUGAAGUGGGUUUCCCACACCUGGGACCGUGAGCAAACUGGGGAAGGAUUACGGGGCCAGCCGUGCAGUACACACGACCCAAUUGCCUUUAGAAACCUCCAGUCUGAUGGUGCAGAGGGGAAAGCCGGCGUCACCGAGGGGGCUCCAGAGUCACAGCACACAAAGAUGAUUUCAUCCAUGGUCAUUCCGCAACUGAUGCAUGAGAAGGAAUCGAAAGAGGAUGGGGCUGCAUUGGCCCUGCCGUGCGCCAUUGCUCGGCCACGUGCGUGCCACAUGAAGACAGCUCCCACCACCCGCAGCGGAGUGCACCUUCACAGUGCAUUUGCGUUACUUCCUGGUGGCACAGGAAUCCCGGCCCCAUCAGAUGAGCCAGGCCCCGGGACGGGGCUGCCUCCCAGAGGUGAGGCCAGGGGCGGCGGCUCCCACAGGGGCUUCGCAUCCAUCACCAUCACCGCCAGGCGCAUAGGCCCCCCAGCCAGCACCCUGGUAUGGGGGACUGUUGGGGACCCACCGUGUCCCAAGUGCAGGGUGGACGAUGCUCUGGCUGGGGGGACCCGCCCACAGUGGCGCCAAGGACCUGUGGCCUGCACAGAGUUCUCCAGAAAUGGCUCAGUGGCGAGGAUGAAGGUUCCAGAGCUGCAGGCACAGCUGUGCGAGGGACGUGACUCCUGGGUCACCCACGUGGACCACAGAGAGGACAGCUUUUCCGCAGAAGCAACGCCGUCAGGCCAGGGCCCUCUGGUGUUCAGUUCCUGCGUCCACUUCAGGGUGUCUCAGCAGUGUCCGAAAUCAAUGCACUACCUGGACAAGUCCCUCUUCAUUCCCAUCCAGCCACCUGCCACGGCCAGCCCUCAGUGGCACAGGUCCGUCCUGUCACUCAACCUCAACUGUAGUUCGCACGGACUGACAGCAGAUGGAGUAGAUGGCCCAGCUAACGGAGAGCCACGGCAGAGAGCCCAGAGCCUUCCAAGUCCAGGAUGCAACCCGGCUUUGCAGGAAUGCCACCUGCAGGGGAGCCCAGAGGGGUCAGGGCAGGCGCACUUGGGGGCAGGUCCUUGGACGAGCUCUCUGCCGCUGGAAAACACAGAAUUCACAGGUGCGGGAACGGACCAGGACACUAUCAUGAAAGGGGCUGAGGACCACGCCCCUCACCGACAUGCUCGUGGUCAGGCCAGCCAGCUGUCCAUCCACAUUCCGGGCUGGAGUUACACAGCAGGUGAGUGCCGCUUCACCGCAGGAGAGUGACCGUGGGAGUGGCUGCCGCGCGUCUCUUCCACUUGUUCCAAGAGGCACCCCUGUCGGGUUGCUUUGAUCUGCUCUGCUCAGAGCUGACACCUGACCCUGGUUGUUGAUGCCUGAUGGAGCUGAUUUCCUUAGAUGAGAUGUUGCACAUUAGGGGAGACCUUGCCCCAAAUUCUUGUCGCCAACGACCAUGCGUGCUGGGUAGGAAGAGAGCCCCGGGCGGGGGUCGGUGGGGCCCCUGCUGUCUUCCCAGAACAGCUGAGAACAAAAUGCAGUCCCGUCCCGGAUGGUUUAUCUCGGCUGCUAGCCCUCUGCAUAUCUGGGAGACUCUAGAGGACAGAACUUUUUGCUUUGCCGUCGUGGGUUGGUAGUUCUGAGUUAGCCUCAUCAAUACAGGAACCACCACGCCCCAGGAUGGAGUACCUGUAACUGGUUUCUGGCUUUGGCACAAGCAGUUUUCUGAUCAUGACUUUGUGAGAUGGCUACUCCGGGGUGGGGGGCUUUUCUCAGGCUCAGUGUCAUUCGCGCCCCACAGCUGCCAUCUCUCUGAGUAACCCUAGGUCCCAGAGACACGCCGUGGAGCUCUGAGUCUCGGGCCUGGCUCCGCCUUUUGGGAAAAGAUGGCGGAGGCAUGGGAGCUGCCAGUCUCCCGUUUUCUGGUUCACGUGGGGUGGGGGGGAGGGAAGG